UCAGAAGCGGUUUUCGUGUUCUUUGACAACUUGGACUCUGAAUGCAGUCUACUUACCAACCACAACCACAAGGCACAGAUCUUCUUGGUGGGGAACCAGCAGAGUAAGAGUUUCACUUUAGAUGCUCUAAAAAAAGUAGCAACCAGGUUGUGCUUGACAAAGAACAACAUUAUUUUGAAAACAAAGAAAACGAAUGAUGCAGACUUUGUCAAGAGCUUGAGGAAAUCAGUCAGUGACGUAGUUGAGAACUCAAAGAUGAAGAUGCCAAUAGCGCAAAUGGCUGACAUUGCCCGUAAAAUGGGAAUCUUGGUUGAUGAAAACUCUUCAGAGUGCCAGUCUGGAAAAGAAAAAGCAGAUGCCAUCACUGCAGAAAUUCAAGACAUCCUUAGAUACAAAGAAGACCAGCUUCCCUUGCAAGGCCAAAUAUGGAAGGACUUAACAAGCUUAGAGAAGGAAGAAUUCCGGCUUCGGAAAGUUGGGUCUGAAAACAUAGAAAAGUACAAAAGUGAUCUUCAGGUACAGAAAGAAGAACUGCGACAACGACAGAACUCCUAUGAAAUGUCACCAGCUAUGACAUGCUUCAUCACCGCAAUAUCAAGCCCAGGGAUAGAAAGGUGUUAUUUCCUGAAAUGGAUGAGAAUGAACCUCGAUAAUGUGUCUCGUCUGAAACUGUCUGGACUCAGGCAGCAGUAUAAAGAAAAAUGCAAGAAUUCUGAGAACAAAGAGGAGAUCAAAGAAAUUGACAAACACCUUUCCAACAGCUCACUGGGGACUGAACACUUCUUCCGUGAAAUGGGUCAAAUCUAUGAAGCUUCAGUUUCCCUUCCUGAGACAGACCCCAGACGUCAACAAUUACAGCACCUGCCCAAACUCUGUGCAGAACUGUUGCUAGAUGGAUUUGCUCUUGAACUUGUGGAUGGAGAUGCAUCCAACAUACCUCUCAGAUGGGUGAGUGACGUUCUCUCUCAGCUCAAUGACCUGGUGUCUCCAAAGAGAAAGAUCCGGGUAGUCACAGUUCUUGGAGUCCAGAGCACAGGGAAGUCCACUCUCCUUAACACCAUGUUUGGAGUGCAGUUUGCAGUCAGCAGUGGUCGAUGCACUCGAGGUGCCUUCAUGUUGCUCAUCAAAAUCAAUGAGCUGUCUAAAUGGGAGACAAAGCUUCUCGACAAUCUAACACAGUACUUCAAGCAAACAGAGGGUCAUGUCUAUCUAGUUGAAGGAUACAAAGAGGAGUUCUCAAACAGUGCAAAGAGCCUUCGACGAGAAAUGGAAAGCUCUGUUGUGAAUCAACUAACAGCAGCAGCAGACAUUAGACGGGGAAUGAGAGAACUUGACAAAAUCAAGGAGAACCACACAAAAAAAAUAGAAAAAGCAGUGUGUGCACUAAUUGAUGAAUGUCGAAAGAGAAGAGUCCAGAUGGGAGAGAAAGAACUGGACAAAGAAUUUGAUAAGAUGUGGAAUGAAACACUGAACAAACUUCCUUCUUCUUUUUCUGAACAACAGACCACAGAUGUCUUCACCAGGGUAGAUCACUGCCUGAGAACAAAUCUGUCUCAGAAGGGGAGUGGUGCAUGUGAAUUGCUGAGUAAAAAAAGACUGCGAGAUUGUGGACAAAAGCCGUUCACACAUACAGAUGAAAACUGGCGCAAAAGAGCUAAACGUGAAGUGAAGAAGUUGUGGAAUGGCGAAGAUCAUGUACAAGAAGUGGCUGACAGGAUCAUCGCUGCUUGCACACAGUUUGUAACUGAAAAGAUUGAGAGAAAAACCAACUACCAUGAUACUUACAUCCAGGAGAUCCUACUCAUCAUCGAUGAGAAACUGGAAAACAAUCAGAAUGUGAAGACAGACAUCGAGUUUGAAGUCUCUCUAAAACAGCACAUCUGUGGAUUUGCAGCCAGACGCUUUGAGGAAAUGCACAAGAAUUUCAUUCAAGAAAAUGAUCCCCACAGAUGUUUGAUGAAAAACAAGGAAAUGUUUCGUUCUGAUUUCAAAGAUGUGUUCCAUCAGCGAGACCAGGCCCAGAAGAAGGCAGAAGAAUUCACGGACCAAUGCCUGAAGCCUGCUGUUGAAGACUUUGUCAACCGGUCCUUAGGUCCAAACAUCGUUGAUGAAAUGCGCAAAUGUAAGGAGUUCAGCACACGAAUGUCCUUCCAGUAUUCACUUUUGAAGGACUUGCCUUCAAAGAAAAAAUUUGAAGACUAUUUGAACUACAGUUCCUCUUACGAGUGGUACAUCAAGAACAGAAUACGUCAGCAAAUAGAGGAACGUUUCUCAAGGUCCUCUGUAACAUUUGAGUUUGAGGAUCGACAUCUUAAGUCAAGUAUCAGCAGCAUAAAUGAUGCCAUCGCAAAGGCCACAGAAGGAAACGCUGUCGACUUGAAGGCCUUAGUUGAAGAUAUCUGCAAAGAACUUGGUGAUAAACUUGUUAUUUCCCAAACUGCUCUUGAUUCUGUCAUGAUCCUGAACAAUGCUGACAAGGAACAGUUUGCUCACUGGCUCACGGUGUCUGUGAAUGACAUGGCAGAAACUCUCAGAGAGAAGUUUAAAAAAAUGACCUUUUCAAAGAAACUAGAACAUCUCCAUAUGAAUCCCCUGAAUGAGCUCUUCACCAGAGUGAUUGGAUGUGGCAAACAGUGUCCAUUCUGUGCAGUGCCUUGUGAGGCAGAAGGAAAAAACCAUAAAGAGCACUUUGCUUCACAGCAUCGGCCACAGGGUCUGGGUAAAUACAGGUGGGACUCAACGAAGAAACUUGUCACUGACAUAUGCUCUUCCUUAGUGGACAGUGACAACAGGUUUCGCUGUGAUGCUACAAACAAUAAAUGGCACCCUUACAAACAUUACAGGAAAUAUUUUCCUGACUGGGAUAUUCGUCCAGAUGUGAGCUCCAAGGCAUCAAACUACUGGAAAUAUGUAAUGGCAACAUACAACACUGACUUUGCCAAAGCAUAUCAUGCAGAACCUGCUGAUAUUCCUCACUCAUGGAAAAUCAUCGAAUCCAAGCAGGCAGAAGACAGCCUCAAAGAAUCAUUUCCCAUCAAGUAAUAGUUCUCCUCAGUGAAGGAGGGGCCCUUUAAUGGUCACAUUACUGUAUAGAAGAGAAGAUGAAAGAUCUUGUGAGUACACAUACAUAUUUAACCACUUGCUUACAACAAGGUUCUCACUUUGACAUUUGACACAUUUAAUGAACUCCACUAAUCUGCUUCAUGACUGUUUUGUGUGACAGUUCAUGUCAUUAUAGUUGAGCUGAAGAAUGUAUCAAAGCAACAGAGAAAACAAACAUUGCUUUUUUGUCUUGAUUACAUUAAAAAAUGAUUUGAGAGCAUUUUUUGAUUGAUUUUGUUUUCAAAGUAUUUGAUGUCCAGUUGUUGCAUUUGUGUUCCUCAUAGAUCUGGAUGUGGUAACGUUAUAAUAACAUGAUAAUACGUUACAUGUGUUAAGCAACUGAUGAGUCAGAAGUUAAAUCAUUUUGUGUUUGAUUCUGUGACAUGUCUGAUAUCAUGUAUUUAUAUUUGAGUGUAACAAAAGAUCCUGAGGUUGUUUGUAUGAUCUGAAUGCUUGCAUGAAUGUGCAUUAUGAUGUUGUUGAUCAGUGUUUCAAGUCCAAGACAAAGCAGAUCUUCUUUUUGCCUGGUCAGUGUUUACAUGCCAGAAAAGCUUAUAUUGUCAUCUGAGUUGAGAAGAAAGUAGAAUGACUUUGCUCCUUGUUCACUGAAGAAGCUGAUGGGAAAUAUUUACACUUUUAAAGGAAUUAAAGAAUCACUUAUUCUACAUGUAGUAUUAUCAGCAUGUUACAUGACUGACACCUGAUUAAAUAAAGAGACAAAAUCUACAA